GUAAUAGGGUCUGUGCCGGAGACCGAGGACUUAGAGGUCGCAGGUGACUCCUAAGGAGACGCUGUGGCUGGAAAGGAGCAGAGCGCCCGCGGGAAAGGAGAGAUCUGCUGGGAAGUUCGCCUCUGCUUGAACCAGAAACCUAAGUAGGGAGCUCGCAGCCCUUCCCCUGCAGGGUGACUCCGGUGGCCGCGUCUGCGCCCUUGCCAUGAGGAUCCGGAUGGCCGUGAGGUGGACCUGGGCAGGCAAAAGCUGCCUGCUGCUGGCGCUUUUAAUGGUGGCCUAUAUCCUGGUGGAACGCUCGGUCUUCACUUUUCAUGCCUCCUCAGGAGCUGGCGUUGCCAGGGAGCGGGGGCUAAGGCAGCUCUCUGACCCGGAGGAAAAGGCAGUGGAUUUGGCUCGACCUCUUUAUGAGAAACCCCCUGCAGAUUCCUGGGCACUUGGGGAGUGGGGGAAAGCCAGCAAACUCGAGCUCAGCGCGGGUGAACUGAAGCAGCAAGAAGAACUAAUUGAGAGAUAUGCUAUCAAUAUAUACCUCAGUGACAGGAUUUCCCUGCACCGCCAUAUAGAAGAUAAAAGAAUGUAUGAGUGUAAAUCCCUGAAGUUCAACUAUAGGAAACUUCCCACCACCUCUGUUAUCAUUGCUUUCUAUAACGAAGCCUGGUCGACUUUGCUCCGCACUGUCCACAGUGUUUUGGAAACUUCUCCUGCGGCGCUCUUGAAGGAAAUCAUCUUGGUUGACGACUUGAGUGACAGAGCUUAUUUGAAGACACAGCUUGAAACUUACAUUAGUGGUCUCCAGAGAGUCCGCUUGAUAAGAACUAAUAAGCGGGAAGGGCUGGUUAGGGCCCGCCUGAUAGGGGCCACUUUUGCCACUGGGGAUGUCCUCACGUUCCUGGAUUGCCACUGUGAGUGUAAUGCUGGUUGGUUGGAACCUCUUUUACACAGGAUCGGCGAAGAUGAAACAGCCAUUGUUUGUCCUGUUAUAGACACCAUUGAUUGGAAUACUUUUGAAUUCUACAUGCAAACUGGAGAGCCUAUGAUUGGUGGGUUUGACUGGCGUUUAACGUUCCAGUGGCAUUCUGUCCCCAAACAAGAAAAGGACAGACGGAAAUCAAGAAUUGACCCAAUCAGUUCACCCACCAUGGCAGGAGGAUUAUUUGCUGUCAGCAAAAAAUAUUUUCACUACCUUGGAACUUACGACACCGGCAUGGAAGUGUGGGGAGGUGAAAACCUUGAGCUUUCUUUCAGGGUUUGGCAAUGUGGUGGCAAAUUGGAGAUCCACCCGUGUUCCCACGUGGGUCAUGUAUUUCCCAAGCGGGCGCCAUAUGCUCGGCCCAAUUUCCUGCAGAAUACUGCUCGUGCAGCGGAAGUGUGGAUGGACGACUACAAACAACAUUUCUAUAAUCGAAACCCUCCGGCAAGAAAAGAAGAUUAUGGCGAUAUUUCUGAAAGAAAAUUACUACGAGAACGUCUGCGUUGCAAGAACUUUGACUGGUAUUUGAAAAAUGUGUUUUCUACUUUACAUGUUCCAGAGGACAGACCAGGCUGGCACGGGGCUAUUCGUAGUAUGGGGAUUUCUUCUGAAUGUUUAGAUUAUAACUCUCCUGAUAGCAACCCCACAGGUGCUAACCUUUCACUGUUUGGAUGCCAUGGUCAAGGAGGCAAUCAAUUCUUUGAAUACACUUCAAACAAGGAGAUAAGGUUUAAUUCUGUGACAGAGUUGUGUGCGGAGGUGCCUCAGAACAAAAACCAUGUAGGAAUGCAAAACUGCCCAAAAGAUGGGGUCUCUGUUCCAGCAAACAUCAUUUGGCAUUUUAAAGAAGAUGGAACCAUUUUUCAUCCACACUCAGGACUGUGUCUCAGUGCUUAUCGGACAGCCGAGGGCCGACCGGAUGUUCAGAUGAGAACUUGUGUUGCUGGAGAUAAAAAUCAAAUCUGGAGAUUCGAGAAAUAGAAGAGCACAACAGCACUUUC